GAAGGUUAAACGGUACGACCAGCCGAGACAGUACCGAUUAUUUAAACGAUAUUUCGAAUAGUUUCGUGUUUUUUUCGCGAAAAUCUCACUAAAAAUCAACGCGACGAAUGUGACGAAAGUUUAGCGAAAAAAAAGUGUUUUACGAAUAUAAAUCUCAGUGUUUGUGAGUGUAUGUUUAUCUUUUUACAGUGCAUUUUGGAUACAGUGCCACCUCUAAACCUAUUGGAUUGGAUACAUUUGAAUUUGGAUUCGUUAUUUUGAAAGAUUCUUUCGUGAUGAGCUGAAACUACAAUGCUUCGAUGCGCUGUUCCCGUCGCAGCCAUCUUGUUUCUUUACCUGACGUCCACCUGUCAGACGUCAGAGAAUGGCCAGGCUUCCAGUGACGUCAACUUCCGGUUCACGGAGCAACUGUACAACGUCAGCAUUCCGGAGAACAGCGUGGCCAAAACUUAUGCUUCGCAAAGUCCGGGAUCGCCCAGGAUGGGGAUACAAAUCGUACCGAAUACCUUUGCAGAUAUCAGAUAUAAGAUAAUAGAUGGCGACAAAUUCUUCAAAGCCGAACAACGCCUAGUCGGUGAUUUUUGUUUUCUCUUCAUCCGAAUUAAAACUGGCAACAACGACGUGCUGAACAGAGAAAGAAAGGACAAGUACAUCCUCCAAAUAAGGGCAACAGCCAGCAUCAAAGAUGGCAAACAAAAGGUUCAGUAUACGUCUGACACCAUGGUGGUAGUCACAAUACUGGACACCAACGACCUAAGCCCCUUAUUUUACCCUAUGGAAUACAACGCGAGCGUUUUCGAAGACACCCCCGUACACCAGAGCAUAGUCCGUGUGAUUGCCGAAGACGCCGACUUGGGUAGAAACGGUGAAAUCUAUUAUUCUUUUGCCGAGGACACUGAUAAGUUCGCCAUUCACCCUAUGACAGGAGUAGUAACACUGACAAGACCUUUAAGGGUGAACGAAGGUACUUAUCACGAACUAACAGUACUAGCUCAAGACAGGGGUGUCCAAAGAUCGGGCUCCAGUUUCAGCAAAGCCAAAGUACGCGUUCGUGUUAAAAAAGUCAACUUUUUUCCUCCUGAUAUUCGGAUUAGACGUCAUCCUCUAAUAGUAGAAAACAGCAGCGCUGACAUCUACGCUAUAGUGAACGUAUCAGACAGAGAUAGCGGUAUUCACGGUGAAAUCGACAGGUUGGAGAUAGUAGACGGUGACCCAGAUGGACAUUUUAGAAUCAGACCAACUAGACAGAAAGGAGAGUACAAUAUCGAGGUUUUGAAGUUGUUGGAUAGAGAAAAAACACCUCAGGGGUACCAGUUGCAGUUAAGGGCAGUGGAUAAAGGCGUGCCUCCACGGGAAAGCUACAAAUCCGUUCCGGUACAGCUGGCAGACUUAAACGACAACGCUCCAGUGUUUAUCAAGGAAAUAUACGACGUCAAAGUUCCAGAAACUGCCCCUAUUAACACCCCCUUGAUCAGGUUAAAGGUUACUGAUGCUGAUGAGGGUCGAAACGCUCAGGUAUUUCUAGAGAUUGUAGGUGGAAAUGAAGGUGGUGAAUUUGUUAUCAACCCUGAAACAGGAAUGUUAUAUACCGCAGUACCUCUAGAUGCAGAAAAUAAACAGUUUUAUAGUUUGACAGUGUCUGCUAUAGACCAAGGGAACGUAGGAACCAGAAAACAGUCAUCUGCCAAGGUUAAAAUUUACGUGGAAGAUACUAAUGAUAACGAUCCGAUUUUUGACAAAGCUGAAAUGACAGUUUGGAUAGAUGAAAAUAUGCCUGCCGGUACUUCGGUGACUACAGUGCAUGCCAAAGACAAAGACAGAGGAGAGAAUGCUUAUAUUUCCUAUUUGAUAGCGAAUUUGAACAAGGUACCAUUUGAAGUUGAUCAUUUCUCUGGACUGAUCAAAACGACACAACUUUUGGACUAUGAAAGUAUGAGAAGAGAGUAUGUUUUGAGAGUGAGAGCGUCAGAUUGGGGGAAUCCUUACAGGAGACAGACAGAGAUGCAACUCACUGUAAAGCUGAAGGAUAUCAACGACAACCGACCCCAAUUCGAGAAAAUCGACUGCGUAGGCAACCUACCGCGCCACACCCCCAUCAGCUCGGAAAUCAUCACGCUGAGCGCCAUAGAUUUCGAUUCGGGCAACAUCAUCAGCUACCGCAUCGUUUCCGGCAACGAAGACAACUGCUUCACCAUCGACAGCACCUCCGGCACGAUCACAGUGGCCUGUGACCUGAACGACGUCAGAGUGAACGACAGAGAACUAAACGUGACGGCCACGGAUAAUACUCACUUUGCUGACAUCGCUCGCGUGCGAUUGAAACUGAUCAACAGCAAAAAGAACCUUUUUCGAAGCGGCAGAUUGCUGACCGACGAUACCGGGGCGUUCGAUUGCAAAGAUACAGGGGUGGCAAGACGGUUAACUGAGGUAUUGGCUGAGGCAGAGAACAACAACAGCCCACUGGAGACAGAGGAUUUUCCGAUGAUGCCAAUUAGGUACGGUCAAAACGUCCACGCACCGGAAUUUAUGGAUUUUCCCAUCGAAAUCAAAGUGAACGAAUCCGUUACUCUUGGUACAACUUUGGUAAAACUGAAAGCCAGAGAUAGGGAUCUAGGCUAUAAUGGAAAACUUGUUUACGGCAUAUCAGGAGGUGAUGUUCAUUCCCAGUUUUGCAUUGACAUAGAAACGGGCGAAGUCAAAGUCAUAGGCUACUUAGACCGCGAAAAAGAGUACGAGUAUUUCCUAAACAUCACGGUGUACGACCUAGGUAAACCGCAAAAAAGUUCAUCGAGAGUACUGCCAAUUACAGUGCUAGACAUCAACGACAAUGCGCCGAAGUUCGAAAAAACUUUGGCCAGUUUUAGAGUGACCGAAAACGCAUUGAACGGUACUGACAUUUUCAGAGCCAACGCUACUGACUUAGACGAAGGAGACAAUGCAAAAGUGACGUAUUAUUUAAUGACAGAUACCAAAGAUUUUAUGGUGGAUAAAAAUACUGGUGUUUUAAAAGUGGCUAAUGCGCUUGACAGAGAACGUCAGGAUCUCUACGAACUUAGAAUACGCGCCACUGACAAUGGAGGUAAAGGGCCCGAUAACCCGCCUCUGUUUUCCGAAGCUGUAGUAAGGAUUUCCGUGGAUGAUAUCAACGAUAACGCACCCAAGUUCAGUUUGCCUAAUUACAAUGUUAAAAUAAGGGAGGAUGUACCUAAAGGCACCGUAGUGGCCACAGUGACAGCCUCGGAUCCAGACCUAGGCCCCGACGGCGAAAUCGUCUACUCUCUAGAGGACAGCGACAGUGACGGUACCUUCAAAAUCGACAAGCUGUCUGGUACCAUCCGCACCACCAAACCGCUGGACUUCGAGGAGCGGCAAGUUCACAGCCUCAUGGUGUUCGCUCAUGACAGGGGCAAUCCCAGACUCUCGUCCGAAGCCACGGUGACUGUGAACGUGGUGGACGUGAACGAGAACGUUUACGCUCCGUUAUUUUCCGAUUCGGUACUCGUCGGAAGUGUGCGCGAGAAUCGGGCGAUCGGUACGGUGGUGAUGAAUGUGAGUGCUGUGGAUUUGGAUCCUCCCGGUGGUGAUUCUAUGGUGGAGUACUCUAUCAGAGGAGGUGAUGGAAUAGGGCUGUUUAGUAUCGAUUAUGAAGGAAUAAUAAGAACCACUGCCAUUUUGGACAUUGAAACGAAGAGUCACUAUUGGCUGACGGUUUUUGCUCAAGAUCAUGGAGUCGUUCCAUUGUACUCAUCUGUAGAGGUGUACAUCGAAGUACUGAACGAAAACGACAACAUCCCUUUGAGCGAGUACCCUGUAUAUUACCCAGUGAUACAAGAGGAUAGUCCACCCGGGACACUGGUCCAAGAAAUUAGAGCCAGCGACAGAGACAAAGAUCCCAAUCAAGAAUUAACUUUCAGGAUAGCUUCCGGCAAUCCAGAGGGAUUCUUUACUAUCAACACUAAGACAGGUGAAAUUUCUACAACUGCCAGAAAACUGGACCGGGAAACACAGGAUGAACAUAUUUUGGAGGUUUCUAUUUCUGACAAUGGCGAACCAUCACUGUCAUCGACCACGAGAGUUGUCGUCAAAGUUGACGAUAUCAAUGACAACGCGCCCGAAUUCGAGCAGAUAUCGUACAGUGUUGUCAUUCCGGCCACCGGAAACUAUAACAAAGCCAUGUUUCAGAAUGACGAUAGAGGUUACCUUGUGGACGAUUUCGAAGUGGCCGACGCUGCCAUAGAGUUAGAGCCUUGGGAAAGUCACGUGCCUUCAGAUUUUAGAGACUUAGAGCCAGCUCUGAGGGUCCUUGCCUACGAUAGAGACACAGGACCUAAUGCAGAGCUGAGAUAUAUGAUCAAAUCGGGAAAGGGAAAAUCGAAAUUCAAAAUUGACAGCGCCACUGGGGUUGUUUACGCCCAGAAAGGUUUCGAGCCUGGACAAGAGUACGAAUUGAAUAUUAAAGCUGUGGAUAAUGGAAGCCCAUCAAGAAGUAACACGUGUAAAGUCUCAGUCAAGGUGGUUCCAGUUCCUGAAUCUUCCGAACAUCCCCCUGUGGUAAAAGUACCUCCGCCUGUCAAAUUGACAGAGGGCGACGAAAUAGGCUUUCUGGUCAGUUUGAUACAGGCCACCGACGAAGAUAAUGAUAGGUUAUGGUACGACAUAGUAGACGGUGACCCUAGGCAAGAUUUUUACAUCGGUCGAGACACUGGCAACGUUCUUUUGGCCCACAAACUUGACCACGAGCAUCAAAGUGAAUACAGCCUCAACAUCAGCGUCUCAGACUCCAUACAUACAGUCUACAUCACUUUAAACGUCACAGUGAUCGAUAUUAACGAUCACAGGCCUCAAUUUACUGAAAUGAUAUACAGGAUGGAAAUAUCAGAGGCUGUGCCUAUCGAUACUGAAAUUUUCCGAUUGACAGCUACCGACGAGGACGAAAAUGACAAGUUGAUUUACAGCGUUACUUCUGCUGAGAAUAUGCUCUCACUAAAGAUAUUUAAACUUGAUUCAAUAACAGGUGUAAUCACCCUAGUGGGAAACCUAGACCGGGAAACCCUUUCCGAACACGUUCUAACCGUCAUGGUUCGUGACGGUGGUACUCCAGCCAAAAGAAACCUCGCCAGGCUCCAUAUUAUCGUCCACGAUCACAACGACCACGCACCCCACUUCUCUGACAAGAUUUUGGUGGGAAAAGUUUUUGAAACAGCCUCAGUUGGUAGCGUGGUACUUCGAGCACUUGCUGUAGACCACGACAAGGGUGACAAUGCCAGAAUAACGUACUCCAUCGUCUCGGGAAACGUUGGAAAUGUAUUUGCCAUCGAUGCGGACUUGGGUACUAUAAGAAUAGCUAGGGAAUUGGACUUGACCAGCGCUUCUGAGUAUACUUUGCAUAUCAGAGCUACAGAUCACGGGCAACCGCCUCUGACAGCUACCGUUCCUGCCCAUAUAUCCUUGGCAAUGGCCGAUAAUGCACCUCCAAGAUUUGCUAACAAGGAGAUAGCAGCUGAAAUAUACGAAGACCAACCUCUGGGAAGCUACGUAGCUCAUCUCGAAGUUCGCAGUACGUCAUCUUUACAGUUUGAGAUCCUUGAAGGCAACAGCGAUAGUAGCUUCAUCAUCAGCCCCAGCACUGGCAUCAUCAUCACCCAAAAGAUUUUAGACUACGAAACAACCAAAUUCUACAAUUUAUCAGUCAUCGCAACCAACAUGGCUUCAGUAUCUGCCACCUGCAACGUUAUCAUUCAUAUUUUGGAUAAAAACGACAACGUCCCUCGGUUUUUGCAAGACCAGUACUUUGGAUAUAUUUCUGAAGCUUCCAGUAUAGGGUCUUUGAUCACCACAAACACCAGUGAGCCUCUGGUGAUCAAAGCUUUUGACGCAGACAGCGAAAGAAACGCCUUGUUACAGUUUGACAUAGUUGAGAUCCUUCCAAGACGGUAUUUCCAAAUAGACUCGAACACCGGAGCUAUCAGGAGUACUAGGCUCUUAGACCAUGAAACCCUCCCUAGUUUCAGUUUCCAUGUGCAAGUAUCUGAUAUGGGAAAGCCUAAAUUAGUGUCUGAGGCUACUGCAAGAGUGGAUAUACAAGUGAAAGAUGUGAAUGACUGUCCUCCAGUUUUCUCGAGCUUGGUUUAUAAUGUCACUCUUCUUUUACCUUCUUACAAGGAUGUGACGAUUAUUCAAGUAAACGCUUCAGAUCCCGAUAGCUCAGAAGAUCAGUAUUUGAAGUAUGACAUAAUUGAAGGAAACAAAAUGGGUGCAUUUGCCAUAGAUUCAAAAUCAGGAGUUAUAACACUUGCUGACCCAGAAGCUGUCAAACCCUCGGCUUCUUACAAGAUCCACGUCAGAGUGACGGAUGGCAAGUUUGCCAGCGUUGCCAAAGUUUAUAUUAGAGUCGAUGAGUCUGACAACAGCGGGUUGGUGUUCCAGAAACCCUUCUAUGAAGGAAGUAUAGUUGAGAACAGCACGAAAAUCACGAUCGUUUGUGUUGUGAACGUUUUAGGAAGUGCCUUGAACGAACAUAUUGAAUUUAAGAUACUGAAUCCCACGGAUAUGUUCACUAUAGGGCCUACUUCUGGGGUUAUUAGAACAACAGGUAUAAAAUUUGAUCGUGAAACUAAAGAUGCCUACCAACUGAUCGUGGAAGCAAGGAGUGAGAUGCCUCACAGGGAGAAGCCCAGAGUGGCACAUGUCAUGGUUAACGUGACAGUUCUAGACAUUAAUGACAAUUGUCCCAUGUUUGUCAAUUUGCCUUACUAUGCUGUGGUUUCGGUUGACGAUGAAAAAGGAAUGGUUAUAGCCAAAGUCCACGCCAUAGACUUGGACAGCUCAGAAAAUGGCGAAGUCAGAUACGAAUUGAACAAAGGCCACGGGGAACUGUUCAAGGUCCAACGCGAAACAGGUGAUAUCGAGAUCAGACAGAACCUCGAAGGUCACAAUCGAGAGUACGAGCUUCAGAUCUCAGCCUACGACAAAGGUAUCACUCCUUGUAGGACCGACGUCACCGUUCACAUCAAAGUGAUCGACCGAUCGAUGCCGGUGUUUAAAAAGCAAUUCUACUCGGAAACGAUCGCCGAGAACGUGGAACUACACUCGCCUUUGUCCGUGUCCAUUGAGGCGGAGUCGCCGCUGUCCAGGAAAUUAAUAUACAGUAUCGUCAAAGGGAACGAGAUGGAAGAGUUCGCGCUGGACUUUAAUACAGUUCCUUCAGAACCACGGUUUAGGACUAUACACCAUAAUCUCGCUGAAUUCUUAGACUAUAUAAAAAAUUCGGAUAACACCCAAAAAGGUGUGAUAUCUGUGGUGGAUGAACUGGACUAUGAGCAAAAUCCCCAGUAUGAACUCUUAAUAAGAGCCACAGAUUCAGUGUCUGGAGUGUAUGCAGAGGUUCCAGUUUCGAUAGUGCUUUCUGAUGUCAACGAUUGUCCUCCCGAAUUCACCCAAGAGUCCUACAAUAUCUCCAUUUCUGAAGCAGCACAGUUUGGUACUCACGUGCUCACAGUUCAAGCCAACGAUAACGAUACAGGGAUCAACCAAAAAAUCGCCUAUUCCAUACAGAAAGACUCGAACAACAAUGCCACUGAUUAUUUUUACAUUGACGAUCUCGAGGGAAAGAUUUACUUUAAACAGAGCUUGGAUCACGAGAUGUCGAGCGAGUACCACUUUGUUGUGGUCGCUACGGAUCAAGGAGCGCCAAGUUUGAACAGUACUGCCCAUGUCUGGAUCAAAGUGCUGGAUAUGAACGAUAAUCCUCCAAAAUUCGAACAAGCUUCAUACUCCUGCGGAUUAUCAGUGUCUGCCAAAAGAGAUCAGUUUGUCACUAUAGUGAAGGCUAGUGAUCUGGAUGAAAUCGACAGAGAUAGUCUAAAAUACACUAUAGUCACUGGAAAUGAACAACAAACCUUUUCCAUGGAUCCCAGUACAGGAAUCGUGUCUCUAGUGAAUCUGGCAAAUUUCGGAAAUCAGCAAAUGAUGCUGUUGAAUGUUUCUGUGAGUGAUGGAGUUUACACCAACUUUGCCCGGCUGAAAGUGGAGUUGAUACCAGCUAAUCUACAUGCACCCAAGUUUAAAGAUGUUAUUUUAGAUGUGGCAGUACCAGAAAAUCGAAUGCCUGGCGUCACGGUAGCCCUAGUCAACGCCACAGAUGCAGAUUUCGGUGAAUUUGGAACUAUUUCUUACAGUAUUCAUUCCGAUUUACUCAACGAAGUGUUCGCUAUCGACAAAAAUUCUGGAAAAAUUCAAACGAAGAUCAGAUUGGAUAGAGAGAAGCAGAAACAAUAUGAAAUACCUGUCAUGGCGACUGACAAAGGUGGACUUAGUGAUUUCCUGACUGUCAGAGUAAAAGUUUUGGACGAAAACGAUAAUGCACCCAAAUUUUUACUUAAAGAAUACAAAAUCAGCAUACCAUCCAAUCUAACCAGCGGUCUGGCAUUUUCUAAGGUUAAGGCUGUUGAUACUGAUGAAAACUUCGCUCCUAAGGUUAAAGCUGUGGAUGCUGAUGAAAAUCUAGCUGCCCAAAUCGAGUACAGCAUCUACGAAAAAAAAUCUUCGGAGGUUUCGAAUAUUUUCAGCAUCAAUCCAUCGACUGGAGAACUAUUCCUCAUCAGAGAUGCAUAUUCUUGGGUUGGCAACGUGUUUCAGUUUUUCGUCAGAGCCACAGACAAAGGAAAACCGGAAAAGCACUCCGACGUACCUGUCAAUAUUUUGGUCAUCGGUCCCACUGACAUACCCCCGGUUUUCGACAGGAAGGAAGGAAAAUUCUUCCUGUCUGAAAACUCCGCCACCGGAACUGUCAUUACCAAGCUGAAAAUUCUGUCUAAUGUGUCUGUGACCUAUCAAAUAGUUUCAGACUCUGAUGACAAUCCACAAUUCCUCAUCGACGCUCAGGGCCAAAUUUCUUUGGCCAAGCCUCUAAAUUUUGAGGCGCAACCUACUCAUUUAAUUGGGGUACUAGCCCUCACUGAUAGUAGUCCUCCGAUAACAGCUCUGGCAGAGAUAGUACUUCAGGUUCAGGACGAAAACGACCACGAACCACAGUUCGAGAGUAGCACAUACACGUUAAAUUUAGGAGAAAAUGUCAAAGAAGGCAGUACGAUUAUGAAAGUUAUAGCACAUGACGAAGACCAAGGAAGCAAUGGUGAAGUUAGAUAUAGUUUUACUUCAGAAAAAAGUGAGAACUUUUUCUAUGACUAUUUCUCUAUCGAUUCACACACUGGAGUUAUAAGUACUUUGGUGAAAAUGGACAAAGAAACAAGGGCUGAGUAUAAAUUCUACGUCACAGCUGCUGAUAAUGGAGUACCAAAAAGAUCGGCCAGAACCACCGUUAUAAUAAAAUUGAAAGACUACAAUGACAGUCCGACAACCUUCAAAGAGUCUUCCUACCAGACGGAAGUCAGCGAAGAUGCUUUACCUGGAACUGUCUUACUGACACUGACCACAACUGACUUGGAUGUCGAUCUGCACACUCCAGUCGAGUUUUAUAUUACGUCAGGUGAUCCGGAUUCACAAUUCCAAAUUAGACAGACUGGCGAGUUGUAUGUGGCUAAAAGUUUGGACAGGGAAAAAAUUGCUAGUUAUCAAUUAACUAUUUUGGUCACUGAUGGGCUUUUUACUGAUACUACGCGUGUUUCAGUAAAAAUUCUUGAUGCAAAUGAUAAUCCACCUUUUUGCUUGAAAUACAGAUACAGGCAGAUUUUAUCUGAAGGAAUCAGACCAGGGUCUUUUGUUCUGUCUGUUUUAGCCACAGAUUUGGACGGUCCGGAACAUUCAAAGCUCCGGUAUAUUCUAUCAGGUGAAGGAUCUGAAAGCUUCUUAUUGGACAAGGACACCGGCGAUUUGAAAACUGUAAUGUCAUUGGACAGGGAAAAACAGUCAAAAUACAUUUUAACUGCUCACGUUCACGACAAAGAGGUGGUUAAAUGGGAGUGCUCAUCCCAGAUCGAGUUAAUCAUAUCUGAUUUAAAUGACAACGCACCGGUAUUUUCACUACCCUCCUAUUCAGUAGCUUUGCCCGAAGAUGUAGAAAUCGGAACAUUAGUAACAAAAAUCCACGCCACAGACGCGGAUAUAGGCAUAAACAGGAAAAUAAAAUACUCGUUCAUUGACAGCUUCAACGACCACUUUUUGAUGGCAUCGGACAGCGGUAUUGUCACCCUUGCCAAACCCCUCGACCGCGAAAUACGGGCCGUGUACAAUUUGACAGUUCAGGCUGUCGACCAGGGCACUCCCCAGCUGUCAACUGUCACAAAUUUGACGGUUAACGUGCAGGACAUCAACGACAAUCCUCCGGAGUUUGCUCACAAGUAUUAUUUCGCUACUGUGCCCGAAAUCGACGCUGUUGGUACUGAAGUGGUAAGGGUUCUGGCAACGUCAAAAGACAUCGGUGCCAAUGCCGAGGUGUAUUACUCGAUCAUAGGCGGCAACGAGCAUAAAAAAUUCAGUAUAGAUAGAGAAAAAGGUGUGAUUACUAUAGCGGAGAUGUUAGACUAUGAAAGAGCCAAGGAUUAUUUUUUGACGAUUCAAGCUAUAGAUGGAGGGACUCCACCUUUGAGCAACGUUGCCACUGUCAACAUAACUGUCACCGAUUGCAACGACAAUGCGCCCGUGUUUUCUCAGUUAUCAUACAGCGCUAGGAUCAGAGAAGAUGCACAUGUUGAUGAUAAAAUUCUACAAAUAACAGCCACAGAUUUGGACAGCCAGGCUAACGGUGAAAUAGCUUAUUCCAUAAUCAAUGGAGACAACCAAGGACAAUUUUCAAUCGAUCCUGUAACAGGUUAUGUGUCUGUAGCAUCCCCAUUGGACAGGGAGACUGUUUCUGGAUACGUUCUUGAGAUUUUGGCCAAGGAUAACGGCCAGCCAGUGUUAUCCAGACAAACUAUGCUCAAUAUCGAGAUCUCUGAUGCCAACGACAAUCCUCCGACCUUUACACAGCUCAACUAUACAGCCGUUAUACAGGAAAACAAACCUUUAGGUCAUUCCAUUCUACAAUUCGCCAUUACCGAUGCUGAUAUUCCACCGAAUACCGAACCGUACACCUUCGAUAUUCGAGUGGGUAAUGAAGGAAACUACUUUAGACUUGAUCAGGAUGGAAUCCUGAGGACUGCAGCAAAGUUUAAUCACAAAAUUCGAAACAACUACAUGCUGCAAAUACGUGUUUUCGAUAACGGAAGCCCACCCCUGUUUUCUGAUGCCUGGGUUUUGGUGAAGGUUAUCGAGGAAUCGCAGUAUCCCCCGAUAAUCACUCCCUUGGAGGUGAAUAUUAACUCGUAUUUAGACGAGUAUCCUGGAGGAAUCGUCGGAAAAAUUUAUGCCAACGAUCAAGAUCAGUACGACACGCUGUCUUUCGCGUUGCAUCCCACAGCGGGCAUGUCUUAUCCAGCCUAUGAACUGUUUAAAAUCAACAGAUCUGACGGGACAUUGACAGCUCUGCCACGGCUGGAUGUGGGCGAAUACAGGUUGAAUGUCUCUGUGACAGAUGGCAAGUUCUUCACCUAUACAACUGUCAAAAUAAACGUGGACGUUUUGACGGAAACUAUGCUGGACAAUUCGGUCGGAAUCAGAUUCAGGGACGUCAGUCCGGAAUCUUUCAUUUUGAGCCACAGAAAAGGUUUUGUAAGAGCUGUCAGAAACGCAAUGAACUGUAAAUCGAAAGAUGUCAUUAUAGUGAGUGUUCAACCAUCAAGAGACGAUGAUUUGCUUAGAGCUAGAAGAAAUGUAGACUAUUUAAACGAGAGAUCAAAACGUUACAUUCACAAGGACCUAGACGUUCUGUUUACUGUCAGAAAAUCGGACGAUGGUUUCUACAGCUCGGAUACCAUAAGAAAAGCUCUCAACGACAAUUUAGAAGAACUGGAAGAAAGUACCAAGCUAGUAGUCGAGGAAAUCAUCAGGCUAGAGUGCAAUAACAAGUACUGCCUGUACGGAUCAUGCCAGGAUCACUACGUCCUGGAUACUAGCGAACUAGAACCGGUUUCGACAGACGUCACCAGCUUCGUAUCACCGAAACAUCACCAAAAACUCGAGUGUCUCUGUAACGAGGGCUACGGAGGUGACCGAUGCGACACUAUAGUGAACGAGUGCGCCAGGAACCCGUGUCCAGUGUUUAAAAUAUGCAUUCCCGACGCCUCGCAGACCGGCUACUCCUGCCAAUGUCCCGAAGGUUUUGCCGGGCCGUCUUGUGACGUUGACAUAUCGAAGUGUCACGAUCAGAAUUGUUACAUAGCCAGGAACCCAAUGUCGUUUACUGGGAAGAGUUACUCGCAGUACAGGAUCAUCAAUAAGAAGUCUAUUGAGGAUCAGUUGAGUCUCAGUUUGAGGAUCAGGACCGUACAACCUACCGGAAAUUUGAUGUACGCUGCUGGUAAAGUGGACUACAACAUCUUGGAAAUUGUCAACGGAGGAGUUCAGUACCGAUUUGAGCUUGGCAGUGGCGAAGGGAUAGUGAGAGUGGGAGAUGUUUAUGUUUCUGAUGGAAGCUGGCAUGAAAUAAAAUUGGAAAGAGAUAGAAACAACGCUAAAAUCACUAUAGAUGGUACCUACGUCGCUCAAGGUUCUGCACCGGGUGUCAGCGAUAUUCUCAACAUCCAAAACGACGAAAUGUACCUGGGUGCUGAAGUACAUCAACAUCCCUCAAUUCUAGGCUUCGAAGACGUGCAAAAAGGUUUUACCGGAUGCAUGGAUGACAUCAGAAUCAGCAGGGUAUCCAUACCGCUUCACAAAUCAGGGGAAAAUUCUGUGAUGGUACUAAAGAGGUUUGCAAACGUUGGAUUCAGCUGCGAUACUAGCAGUGUGUUGGUACCACCAGGUCCAUGUGGUUCGCAUCCUUGUAUGAACGGUGGUACUUGCAGAGAAAGUAAAGGAGGAUUUGAGUGUGAAUGUCACGAAAGGUACAAAGGUACUGUCUGUGAACUGGACACUGAUCCUUGUGCUUCUGCGCCCUGUUUGUACGGAGGAAAAUGCAGUCCGACCAUCGGUGGAGACUUCGUUUGUGAAUGUAUCUUCAGACUGAGUGGUAAAAGGUGUGAAUACGGACGGUAUUGCUCACCAAAUCCUUGUAAACAUGGAGGCGUGUGUGAAGAAGGUGAUGAUGGUCCUCUAUGCAAGUGCAGGGCUUUUGCCGGAGAGUUUUGCGAAUACGAUCUGAACGAGUGCGAGUCGAAUCCGUGUCAAAAUGGCGGUACCUGCAUCAACGAGAUUGGGUCGUUCCAUUGUAUUUGUCCAUCCAACGUUACAGGACCGUACUGUGCAAAUUCGAUAUUCAACUCUCCAAUAUCGUCGACGUUCUUCUUGAACAUCACCUGGAAUCACUUGAUCUACAUCGCCAUAGUUGUGAUCGGCUUGAUCAUACUGUCAAUUGUCAUAUGUUCCAUAUGCUGUUUCCGAAUGAAGAAGAGCAAAAAACGUCGAACGAGGAUGGUAAACAACGAAAACGUCAAAGAUAACAACGUGUUGAAUUCGACAAGACCCAAUGAGAUGUCCGAAUUGAAGAGGGGCUCAAAAUUAAGUAAUUUGGAGGUGAAUCACAGGGACGGGCCUAUAUGUCCUGCCAGGCCUGUGAGUUACACACCCAGCUCGCAAAAUGAAGGAACUUAUGUUUGCAACAACACGACCAUGAUGUUCAAUAACCUAGACACCCUAAGGAGCUAUGGAUCUGCAGGAGAUGAACUAGAAAAUGUACCUCCAGACUACGUUAGAAAUUUAAACAGGAGCGCCCCCCAAGGCUGCAUAAGUAACCAUUGCGAUUCCGAGAAGACCAAGUGGGCGGAACAACUGCAUUUGAAUGACAAGAGCAAGCUUAAGAACGAUUACAAAGUGUCCAGUCCAGUGAAUUGCGACCCACCAAAUAGACUGUAUGGUGGAAGAAGUAACACAUUGGCUAACAGCAAUAUUAGAUCUCCACCCACUUCUAAUAUUGCUGAGGAAGACCAAAGAAAUGUUGGCAGCUACCACUGGGAUUGCUCAGACUGGGCCAGACAUUCCCAAACCCUGCCCAACAUCACCGAAGUACCGGGAUCGGAAGUACCGGACUCCUCGAGCUUCCACAGCAACGAGAGUAACGAAUCGAGGUGCCUCAACCACGUUGGGCACCACAAUGUGCCGCACCACAGAGGCGUAGGCGUAUCCCCCUUGAACGAGGUUGAUGCAGAGCUAGAAUACACAGCCGACAUUGGCGAAAAUUGUGAUUCCUCGUGUCUGAACCCACUAAACGGUGAUGGCGGCAGUGAUCAAGACUAUCACACGUUUACCACAGUGCCUUUAAUAAUAGUUAAACCAACUGAGAGGUGUAUACGUCAUCCAAACUCGUACCUCCCACCACACUCUUACAAUAUACCCAGCGAAGCCGAAGCUGAUUCCCUUGCCAGCCCUGAAUCCGAUGACGUGGAGCCCUACGGUUUCCCUAGCAACCGCAACAGGAGGAAACAAAUGGAUGACGACAUUGCAUCAGUAAUAACAACACUAGAAGAACGUCAUUCGCUUUUGGGCGGUUGCUAUGCCAGCAACAGCGAUAUGUCAACGAAUCUGUGCGAAAUAGAAGAUUCAGAGUGCGAAACGGAGCACAAACCAUUGAAUUAUAUAUCGGGCAGAGUCCACCAGACGUCCGUCUGACACAACGCCAUCUCGGGACCGAUCUGUGGUUCCAAAAAGAAGGUUAGGUUCCUAGGAUAGCACGACGUCAUCAUCAUAGACGAAGAAGACGAUAAUCAGCAGCCUUAAACUCGAUUUCAGAACAAAAAGAGUGUGAGUACUUGAAAGAAAAGUAUAUAUUAUUGUGUUCAUAAUAAUUAAAAGACCUUUAAUUAAUUUUUAAAUCAAAAGUGACUGAGAAUUUAAGUAAUUUUAAUCUAAGAAUAAUUAAAAAACUAUAUAUAAAAAAUUAAAUAGUGCGGACUGAAAGUUUAUAAUAAUAUGAAGAGUUUUUCAGUUUUUUUACAUGUUUAUAUAAAGUAUUUAUUGUGUUGGAAUUGAAAACAUGGUAUUUAAAAAAGAUUUAUAUGUAAAAACAGAUAAAAAUUUUGAAAAAAAAUUAUAUCACAGUGAUGGCAUAUCACAAAAAGGAAGGGUCUGUGAAUUCAAGCUCUUUCGAUAGUAGAAUUAUAUAGUGAUAUUUUUUCAGUUUAAGACGUUCAUAUUUGGCGAAUAUUAACUAUUUCACCCUGUAUACAAAAGUUGUCCGAAUUAUACACAGGGUGAAGAAAAGGCUCUCUUAAGAUGUAGAGCCUUUUCGGAACACUAGAAUCACCCUGUAUAUGACCCAAAUAAUAAAUUAUACGAAUUUAAAUAGGAAUAAAAAUAAAACUAUGUUUA